AUCCUUAACACCUAUCCCAGUUGGGAUUACACAAUUUCACAUGCAGCACUUUCUCCCUCCUCCUAUCUCUAAUUCUCUAUAUAUAUCUCAGUUCAAAUAACGGUAGUUACACAUAGCUGAAGACUCUCUCUCUCUCUCUCUCUCUCUCUCUCUCUCUCUCUCUCUCUCCCUCCCUCCCUCCCUUUCACUAUGGGCGCUCCCAUCUUCUUGUGUCUACAAUUCCUCUGCUUGGCCUUCACAAUCAUCCCAACAAGUGCCCAGGACCUGGGCACGUGGGCAACCCUGGUUCAAAACGCCGGCAUUUCCUCCAUGCACACCGUCGUCACCAGGUACAACAACGUCGUCCUCCUCGACCGGACCGACAUCGGCGCGUCCCAGUUAAUGCUCCCAAGCGGCACAUGCCGCUACGACGCAAACGACCAGAGUUUACAGUACGAUUGCUACGCCCACUCCGCUGUCCUCGACCUCUACAGCAACUCAAUCCGCCCCCUCGAGAUCCUAACUGACACGUGGUGCUCCUCGGGCCAAUACCUCCCUGACGGCACCCUACUCCACACCGGCGGCUUCAACGACGGCACCCAGAAGUUCCGAAUGUUCACCCCCUGCGAUGCUGGUUCCUACUGCAAUUGGGUAGAGCUUGAAAACAUCCAGUUGUACGAUGGGCGUUGGUACGCCACAAAUCAGAUACUCCCCGAUGGUACUAUCAUAAUAAUCGGGGGCAUCAGCGUCAACACCUUGGAGUUUUACCCACAGCGAUCUGGCGGCGCGGUCUAUUUCCCGUUCCUUGGCCAGGCGGCAGAUGACCAGGGGGAUAACUUGUAUCCCUACGUUCACCUUCUCCCCAGCGGACAUCUAUUUAUAUUUGAUGACACUCAAGCCGUGCUAUACGAUUACAAUGCAAACGUGAUUGUAACAACUUAUCCUCCGCUGCAGGGGGGCCCACGUAACUACCCGUCUGCAGGAUCCUCUGUUAUGCUGGCAUUGGAAGGGGACUAUUCCACGGCGGAAAUUGUCAUUUGCGGUGGGUCUCAGUACAAUGCCUACCUUAAUCAGACUAUAUAUGAACCUGCCCAAGCGACUUGUGGGCGGAUUGUGGCGACUGAUCCCAACCCCUUUUGGGAGAUGGAUACCAUGCCGAUUGUUCGGAACAUGGGGGACAUGGUGAUGCUACCAACAGGAGAAGUAAUAAUCAUCAACGGAGCUCAGGCGGGGUCACAAGGAUUUGGAUUGGCAACGAACCCGUGUUUGACCCCGGUUCUUUACCAACCCGACUUACCUCUGGGAUCCCGAUUUACCCCACUAACUCCUGGUACAAUCCCCAGAUUGUACCACUCGACCGCGAAUUUAUUACCCGACGGGAGAAUUUUGCUCGCCGGAAGUAACACGCAUUACUACUACACUUACGACGGGCAGUACCCGACGGAGCUGGCUAUCGAGGCGUUUUCGCCGGGGUAUUUGGCACCAGACAACGCAAAUUAUCAGCCGCAGGUGGUUACAGCACCAACAACGGUUGGGUACGGACAGUCUUUUGAGGUAUUUAUAACGGUGCCGAAUUUGGUGGGUGGGACAGUGGCGGUGAAUUUCGUAAGUGCGCCUUUCACUACACACUCAUUUUCACAAGGGCAGAGAUUGGUAAACUUGGCUAUCACCGGUCCCCAGCCGAACGGUACUACGUACCAAAUUGGGUGUACGUCACCUCCCAGCGGGAAUGUGGCGCCGCCAAGUUACUAUAUGAUGUUUGUGGUUAACAAUGGAGUGCCAAGUGCUGCUAAUUGGGUCCAGUUGAUCGCCUAAACAACUGCUGGUGUAUGCAUCUGUAAAUGUAUUAAUUCCAAGCGUCUUCAAAUGUUGGCUUCCUUUUGUUUUUAUUUGUUUAUGUCGUCUCGACAAUGUUUUCAAGAAGUUAUUGCGAAAGUGUUGAUAAAACACAUUUGUUGUUAAGAUUUGGUUUCACUCUUGUAUCCUGCACGUAAAAAUAAGAAAAUGUGGUCUAUAUUUGUCCAA